UUUAAUUAAUUACUGGUCCCGACUCCCAAUUAUAUACCGGUUCUUUGGUCAAUGUAUUGUUUGAUAAAAAUCUUCCAUGUAAUACAAAUUUUAUACUAAACCUAACCUAUACAAUGAACAUAAAGUUGCACGCAAAUCAACGAGAAUUAAUAUAGAUACAGCGACGACCAGUGAAAGUCUCUUGUUAUCUGAAGUUGCAUGCGUCCGGUCAUGAAUUAACACAUGAAAUUAGGCAAGAUUUCAUUAGUAGCAGAUGGACAUUAGUAAAAAAAAAAUUAUCCGCUAAUAAGCACACUAAAAAAACAUUUUUUAAACAAGCGAUGGAAGCAAAUAUAUGAAUAUUCCAGGAUACAUAACAAAAGAGAAGAGACUUCUACGGUCAGGCAAAUAAUUUUUUUUCCUACUUGUUUUCUUGGCUCCAACCUAGCCAAUCUGUUGCUAACAACAACAUCCAAUUGAGAAACACGCUCAACAAUCUCCUUACUCUUCUUUGUCGAUACACUGUGAGCAAUCACCUCACUUCUUGUAAGACCAUCUUCAAAGCUAUCAUGAAGCAAGCAACUUCUUGCUACAAAAGGAUAGUAAGAGUUACCAUUUAUAGGAGACAAUAGUGAAUGUUUUAUACAUGCCACCCAUUAUGCAUCAUAAGAGCAUGCCCAAAUUCUAAAGAAAAAAAAAACAAUUAAUAUUAUACUAAUGCAGUUACUUUUCAUUUUUUUGUUUAUAAAACAUAACUAAUAAAUAGGUGACACAUGUGUGUAUUAGUAUUGGAACGGAUUCUUAAAAGAGCUUAAUUAAAAACUUCUCAAUUUUCUCUUUCUUAGUUUUUCAUUAUUUUAACUAGGGAUCUUCAACCCCGCGCAAGCGCGGGGUGCUUUUGUUUUUUGUUCCGAUUUGGUUAGUCAGCAUUAUCCAUCUCCUUUUAAAAUCGAUUUUUAUCAUUUAUUUAUAAAAGUUAGUCUAUCAAACAUGUUGGUUUUGCGUAAAACGAAAGUGAUUUAAUGAAAGACCCCAAGCUCGAAGACGCCUUCAUCUGCCAUGACCAUUGAUUUUGCAUAUAACAUAACGAAAGUGAACGUGCAAAUGGUAAAAUUUGACAGUCACCUCGUGUCACCGCACCACCUAUUUAAAUUCUAUUUUCAUGCAUUUCUUGAUUCUCUGAGAGGUUUGGGAUGAAGCGUAUUCAUAGUGAAAAGAAACUUGGUAUCUUCUUCCGAAGGUUCCAACGCUCUCCCACUUUUUAAGCAUUUCUCUUCUUGUGAUCAUUGAUGGUGUUUGAGUGUUUUGUUCACCAUCUUCAUUCUUCUUCUAUGUUUUAUACUCCUUUUGCUCUCCUUUCUCUACAUGACUUAAUACAUCCGCUAAAUACUGAAAUAAAAAUAUUUCAAAUAUUUGUUUAUACGAAAAAUAAAAUAAAAUACUUUUCAUUUAAAAUUUCGCUUAUGUUGUUCUGAAUUUAGUACAUAAUUGCUAGGAUGCUGAAGCAAGGGUAUGACAACGUACAAUCAUGCACAAUAAGUGAAUUUUAGAAAACAUGUUACCUACUAUCAAUAAGAAAGUUGAGAAUCAGUACAUGCUGUAAUGAUCACCCCGAAAUCCGAAUCUAUAUUAUAAUACUAUGAGACUUUCGUUGACCCAUGAAAGGAAAGAGCUAAGCUAUGCAUCCAACAACAGUUGUUCCACCUGUUUCAGCUACUCCGCCACCAGCAUCUCCGACUACACCUCCACCAGCAGUUACACCAACCGUCUCACCACCGCCAGCUCCAAAGGUUGCACCAGUUAUCAGCCCAGCAGCUUCGCCUCCACAACCACCACAAAGCCCGCCUGUGCCAGCUCCAACAGUCUCACCACCGCUUGCAUCGGCCUCUCCCCCACCGGCAUCACCACCACCAGCAACUUCUCCACCCCCAGCUUCACCGCCUCUAGCGCUUACACCAAUAACUCUACCACCAGAACCAGCUCCUUCCAAGCACAAGAAAAAGCACAAACACAAGAGGCAUCACCAUGCCCCAGCUCCAGCACCAACUCCUCCAUGCCCUCCAUCUCCUCCACUUCUAACAGAUUCCCAGGACACGUCUCCAGCACUAUCACCAUUUCAGAACGCGAAUGGAGGAAAUGCCUUGAACCAGCUAGAAGGAAGAGUAGCAAUGUGGCUCAGCACCGUACUGGGAACUCUCCUCAUGCUGGCUAUCAGAGCCUAAGUCUCUAGCUUUCUUCUCACUAUAUCACCUAUGUAUCAACUCCAAAAGAUACAUUUUCCCUAUUGUAUACCAAACAUUUUGAUUAAAAAAUAAUACAUUUUUUUCUUCUCUAUUCUUUGCGGAAAAUAAAAUCAUAUCAAAUUUGAUCAGUACUUGAAUCCUUGGAGGUUUCUUUGCGGAAGUCAUACUCAACAAUGACCAAGAUUGUCAACCAGCUUAUGAUGCUUAAGAGUUAAGACAUCCACCACACUGCCAAAACAAAUUAAAAAAAAAAUUCUUUUAAAGACUAUCAUAUAACAUGUCUCUUCAGGACAAUUAAGCAAACCAAAGACUGGUGUACCUGGACAAAGACAAGGCCACGUUCAUAAGCCAAACGGUUGAUAAGCCGUUUAGUUCUCUCUCCGCAUGAGUUGCAACUGAACUCCACUUGCAAACUUCUUCUUCUUGGUAGUUUAAUAUCUACAGAAGCAACCUGUCCCUGCAUGAAAUUAACCAAAAAAAGUCAUCAGCGAGAGAAAGAGAGAAAGACACAAAACACCAACAUCAAAGAGCAAACUUCUCAUUGAGUUAACCUCUGAGGAGUCCUUUGAUUCUUCUUCUUCUAGAUCAGUGAGAGACCCUAAAACAGAAAACAACCGAUUCCUUUGCUCGUGUGGUCCCCUCCUCUAUCACAGCAACAGUUCUUGACCUGGAGAAACAGCAAAAGUAUGAGACUUUUGUUGACCCAUGAAAGGAAAGAGCUAAGCUUUGUUACCUGUGUUGAAGAGCCGAUGUAGGAAAGAGCUAAGCUCUGAUUAUCAUCUUCUACGUGAGACAAUAAAAAGAUGAUAAUCAGAAACAAUUAAAUAUAAAAAGAGCCAAAUUAACAGAUUCGAAAAAGAGUCUCUUCUGUUCGAGCAAUGGGAAACAAUAGGCUUGAGAAAGCCAUGGAGAUGUGACAGCCAUGGAGCUAAGCUCUGGUUCUCUUCCAGAUUACCAGCUUCAGUUUCAGCUUGCGACAGCCAUGGAGUUUCAGCAUUCAAAUUUCUCAACUUUUUUUUCCUAUACACGCUUCAUUUUUUCUUUAUUUUCAUGACGAGACUUUGAUAGUACUCAAAACAGAGUCGCAUAUAUAUAUAUCUUGUAAAUCAGGUUUCGUCUUGAAUUAAUUUAACAUUUAUUCAAAAAGAUAAAAGAGAUAGCCACAUAACUGUUUAGAUAAUCGCUUAAGUAUUUACCAUGGAAGAUUUAAGUAGAUGAUUUAGCCAGUGAAGGAUCUUAACCUGAAAAGGAGAUGAAGAAUUAACCAAAAUUUUCAACAUCAAAGACAUUUCAAAAAAAUCAAACAACAGUGAAAAUCAACUCAGGCUUUUGUUUAACAAACAUCAUUCCGAAAAAUAAAUCCGAAUUGACAAAUCUAGAGUGAAUCCGUCAAAUCCAGAGAUCAAGUAACUAAAUUCAAGCACUCCGGAAGAACCUUGCUUCUCCAUCACUUGUUGACACUCCUUUGCAGGGAAGAUACUCGAUCGACUUCUAUUAUUUCGAGACAAUAAAUUAUUGGAGUUUAUAGAAAACUGAACUCUAGUGGAAGAGGAAUCGCCUUCAAACGAAGGAUCUCGAAGGAGAUGGUAACCUAAUCAGCGAAAGGCGACACAUAUGAGGAUGGUAGCGGGCAGGAGAAACCCACGAAAGAAACCCAAAACCAGGAUCAAACCCAUAACGCGACAAUCUGAUAAUUUGACAUUUAAAAAAAUAAUAGAGGUGGGUCCCACAUGCUUGCCUACGUGGAUAGCUUAAGGAGCCUUGAAACUGGCUCAUUAUAAUGUUGAUUGUUUUAGUUUUAGGGACUUGUGUUUAUAACCCACGGAUAAGCAGAUGAAUGUUUUAUGCAUGUUCAUUAUGCAUCAUAAGCAGUUCUUUGGUAUUAUGGACAACAAAUUACUUGAGCCCAUUUGGAAUACGAGUGACGAGUUUUCUUGUGUGACCCCAUACCCAAUGUUUGGCGUCAAUACAUAUCCUUUGAACUUUCUUUGAACACGCGAAUCAACACACAUUGGCCUUCUCUAGCUUUCAUGCAAUUCCAUUAAAUGAAUGUAUAAACCAUUGAAAAAAUCUUAAGAUGUGUGAUGUGUCUGUUAUAGACAAAUGAACAUUGUACGUUAGGACUUAGGAUAUAUUUCUCCUUGACUGCUUCUAAGAUUGUCAGAAUGGUUUAUGUUGAAAUACUUGUGAAAUAAUAUCAAUAAUAAUACUUUUAGAACUGUCUAAAAGUAUACGUGGAAAAAACGAGCUUACGCAUAAAAAUAGUGUGAAUUUGGAGGCUAAUAUAAUUGGCCACAAUGCAAAUGUGCUGGAGUAUGUUUAGAGACUAAUGACGCGUUCAUCGGCAAAUCUAAGGACUAGCUAGAGUGUGUGCAAUUUCUUCUAAGCCCUUUUCCGACCUAUCUUUUUCCCAUUUCUUGUGACACUUCCUUUGUCUUACGUAUUUGCUUUAAUCUCUUGUCUGCAUGGGAUUUAUUAAUACUUUUGGUAUAGUUAGGUGUCAAGUACUUUUAUAUAAGCAGCGACGAUGAUCUUUAUGAUUCUUUAUAGAUUUAUAAUUAAUGCUUAAUAUAUAGCGUAUGAAAGAUUUCAUGAGGUCUAGUCGAUAUUUGUUGCUUGUUGUUAAAUACCAGUUUCUCGCCCCAUAAUCCUGCCCCAAACUAGGAUACACAAAAAAUUAGUAUCGUAUGAUGUUUUUAUUAUGUCGAAGUAAUUAACGGUGUAAACAACGAUAUUCAUUUCAAAGCAUGCGUGGCGUUAAAUUUUAUGAUUUGGUGUAGGUUAAAAUGUUUUAAUAGUAUUGAAAAAACCUCUUUUUGUUGAGUAUUGAAAAAACCUCAUAUCAAAUAUAUAGAUAUCUAAUUAAUGUUUUCUUCAUGGGCUCCUAUUAGGGCUGGGCAUAAAAUCCGAAAUCCGAAAUCUGAACCGAAUCCGAACCGAAACACCCGAUCCGUACCCGAUCCGAAAUGUAAAAAAUAACUCAAUGGAUCUUAUAGGGUGUUAUAAAACAUAUCUGAACCCGAAGUGUUAUUAACCGAACCCGAAUGGGUAACCCGAAAACCCGAAAAACCCGAAAACCCGAAAAAAUCCGAAGAAACAGAUCCGAAUGUCCAAAUUAAUAUAUAAUAUUUCAAAUAUUCAAUUUCAUAUUUAUUUGGAUAUGAUAUCUAACAAUAAGUAUUGAAAAUUUAAAUAAACACCUUAAAUACUCCAUUAUAUACAAUGAAGGAUAUAUUUCUUAUGUUUUACUUUUAAAUUUUAGAUUUUACUUUGGAUAUACCCGAACCGAUCCGAUAUACCCCGAAUCCGAAUGAUAUAUGGUUAUUUCGGACAUAUCUGAACCGAUCCGAAACGGAAGUGUUAUAUCCGAAUCCGAUCCGUACUUGUAAAUUUACUAGAAUGGGACCUAUGAGGUGUUAUAAAAUGGAACCAAAAUCUGAAAAACCCGAUCCGAAUCCGAACGGGUACCCAAACGCCCAUGCCUAGCUCCUAUGAUAGAUAUUUACAUAAUGAAUAUACUAUAAAUAGGAGAAGAAUAUUAUAUUUUCCACGGACCACGUGAACCAGAAACACAUAGGGAUGUUAUGCAUAAACGUCAAGUAUGCAAUAAUGCAUGUACGCAGCCUUUUAACGUCUUCUUCUCCAUCUUUCGUCUACAUCUUAUGAAAAUUCGGAAAAGUGAGAGGGCUAUUUCUAUUGUCUUUCUUACGAAAACAAUAUCGACUUUUUCACGUAUAUAUAUUAUUAGAUUAAAUAGAAUCCCGGGAAAUAUUGCAGACAUUAGGUAUUGACAAUUUGAUCAUCUGGGGUAUAUAUAGUUUAUAAUUUACAAUUUAAUUAAAAUAAUGAUUACUGAGUAAAUUAUUAGGAGUAUAGAUAAAAGAGCAAUUGAGGGAGACGGGCAUUGAUUUAUAUAUAUUUUUUGGCAUUGAUAUAUUUACAUUCAAAGUUGCCCAACAACUAUGAAGGAAAAGCGAAAACACAAGACAAACAAGGAAAUUAAAUUUGUUUAUUUCCAGUCCAUAUGAAAUGACCCUUUGUUCAACAUUAUCGACACUACCGUUUAGGAAAAAAGACAAAAAACAAAAAAUUGUAUAGUUGUAACUAACAUAACCUUUUUGAUAAUAAAAAAUAUAUAUUAUCAUUUCCCAUUUUAACGUUGUCCACCCUUUGGUUAUGUCAAUUUUCUGAAAUUCAUAUACAAAAUCCAAUCUACAUUUUUUUAAUCUCACGGUGGAGAAACUUCAAACCUUUACACACAAAUAAUUUAACAACGAACUAUGGCUUCGACUCACUACAAGAAAACACCAAUUUUGUAACUACAAGAAUAGUUGGAAGAUAGUUGCAACUAUAGAUAUUAUGACUAUUUUGCAACUACUUGAUUCAGUUAGAAAUAGCUCGUCGCAAAUAAUGUUGGUUGCAAAUUAGUCCCAAAAGAGCGACUAAAGUAAGACUAUAUAGUUAGUGGUAUAUUAGCAACUCGUUUGUAACUAAUGUCGUAGUUGCAAAAAUAAUUUGAGACCACGGUUUUGGUCUCCUAUUAGUUAGUAAAUAGUAGUUGCUAGUUAGUA